UCCGAAUCCAGCCCGCCAAUUUAAAACGACACCAGAGUCUAUCGAACGAUCACCGCUUCCCGUCGGCGGCGAACUUCCGCGAUCUCCUUCUCCGACGAAAUUCUUGGAUCUCUUUCUCCGGAGAAUACUGUUUUGAUUCAUCAGGUGCGCUCCUUAAAGUUCUGCAUAUCUAAAUGGACACACUUUCAACUGAAGAUUCUAUUAUGAAGAGUGCAGAAUUGAUAUCCAAGAAAAAAAGAAAAAGGGCGAGGCAGAAGGCUAACAGAAAGGUAAGACAGCAAAGGUUGGGUCAAAUGCUGAAAAAUCUGGAGGCUCCUAAAAGUGAAGAAAGUUCCGUUGAAGAUGUUGCUAAUUUAGAGAAUUCUGAAGCACAAUUGCCUCCUCUAGGACAUCUGCAAAAACAAACAGAAUCGACCACAACUCUUUUGGAAAGGAGUCCUGUUAAGAAAAAAAGAAGAAAGAAAAGAAGUGGGAUGAAGGCGUUGGACAAAAAAGUUGACCCUUGUAGCAUGGAUCAGAACAAUGUUCCCUCAAAUCCAAGCCCGCUGGAUAAUAAGCAUGGAGACGUAGAAAAUGGCAAUCCAAAUAUUUCCAUUGAAGUCGUGGCUGGUUUAGAGAAUUCUGAUGCUCAAUUGCUUCCUCUAGGACAUCUAGAAAUGCAAACAGAAGCGACCACAACUCUUUUGGAAAAGAGUCCUUUUAAGAAAAAGAGAAGGAAAAAAAGAAGUACGAUAAAGGCGUUGAACAAUUCAGAGUUAACCAUGCAAGUUCAGUCAGCUCCCAUAAGUCCAGAUGAUUUCUGCAUGAUGAGGGGUUCUCAUUUGAAGAGAAAACUUCUCAUCCUUGAUGUUAAUGGGCUACUUGCAGAUGUAGUCCAUCCACCGCCAAAAGAUUGCAAGGCUGAUGCAUGUUUCGCAAGACGGGCAAUAUUUAAGAGACCGUACUGUAAUGAUUUUCUGAAAUUUUGCUUUGAAAGAUUUGACGUGGGCAUCUGGUCUUCUAGAUCCAAGAAGAUCAUAGUUAAAGUUGUUGAUUAUUUAUUGGGAAACAUGAAGCAAAAGUUGUUAUUUUGUUGGGAUAUGUCGCAUAGCACUCAGACAAUGUUUAAGACACUUGAGAACAAGCAUAAGCCCUUGGUUUGCAAGGAGCUGAGCAAGGUGUGGGACAGAUAUGAUCCCAAUCUACCAUGGGAAAGAGGGGAUUAUGAUGAAUCAAAUACUUUACUAGUGGAUGAUUCUCCCUACAAGGCCUUGCUAAAUCCGGUGCACACUGCAAUAUUUCCUCAUUCCUACAACUUCAAGGCCAAGAAUGAUAAUUCACUAGGCCCUGGAGGUGAUCUGCGAACUUAUUUGGAAGAGUUAUUAAAAGCGGAACAUGUACAGAAAUAUGUAGAGCAACAUCCAUUUGGUCAGCGGGCAAUUGAUCAGACAAACUCAGACUGGAGUUUCUACUCUGAUGUUCUUUGUAGUCUGCUUGGUCCGCGAACAAUUGAUCAGACAAGCUCAGAAGAGUUAUUAAAAGCUUAAAUUCUUGGUCUGCACUAAUAUAAAUUAUAUGUGAUAGAGACUUGCUGCUAACGUCUUGGGAUGAUCUCGUUUGUGGAGCUGAGACUUGGUUUCACAUUUUUGGGAAUUUAAAGCAGAUGACUGGUCUGAGAUGUGUAACAAUCACGACAAAUGUGGACUGCUGCAGCUAGAAUCUUUUUUGAGCUCAUACGCGGUCUUAUCCUUAAAAGGGUCUUCGUUAAUUGUUUUGACAUGUUAUCUUGUAACAUUAUCCAGUUAACUUAUUUCCUCUCCCUCUUUAGUUUUUUUUGGGGGGAAAUUGUUUUUGUAGCCUAUACUGUUGUUCCUCCUGUUGAAUUUGUAAUAUUAUAUGCUUUUUUUCAUGACAAUACUGUCUAUUUUGUGGCAAUGGUGAUUUUGUAGCUUCAGAUGGGAGAAUGAAUGCAUUUAUACA